CACCCCAGAUUCCAGUUGUUUUAACGAUCCUGUGCCCACUGCGAUAGAAUGAAACGGGUUGUGCAGAGUUUCCAAAGAUGAGCCUGUGCAGAAUCGGAGUUUGAGCAGAGGAGUGGGGAGAGGGCCUUCAUUUGGAGAUGAGAGGCUACUGAAUUGUGAGCACUCUACCUGUCAGGGAGGAAUUUAAUUCGUGAGAAGGAAGCAUCUAUUACAGUCCUGCUCUAUUAAUAAUGCUGGUGGGCUAGAGGUGGAAGUGGCUAGGCAGAGCAACGUCAGGAAGGCCACCAGACUGGAAGAGCACAGCUGACCCCACACCAGCUAGGGCAGCUGUUGAGUGAGAAGCAUGGAGGAAAGCAGGAAUGAGAAGGUGAACCAAGCCCACAUUCUCUUCGACAGAUUUGUCCAGGCCACAACCUGUAAGGGGACUCUGAAAGCUUUCCAAGAGCUUUGUGACUACCUAGAGCUAAAGCCCAAGGACUAUCGUUCUUUCUAUCAUAAACUCAAGUCCAAGCUCAACUACUGGAAAGCCAAAGCCCUCUGGGCCAAGAUAGACAAGAGAGGCACCCACAAAGACUACAAGAAGGGGAAAGCAUGCGCCAACACGAAGUGUCUCAUAAUUGGGGCUGGACCCUGUGGCCUUCGUACAGCCAUCGACCUGUCCUUACUAGGAGCCAAGGUGGUGGUCAUAGAAAAGCGGGAUGCCUUCUCUCGCAACAAUGUGCUGCACCUGUGGCCAUUCACCAUACACGACUUGCGGGGCCUUGGCGCCAAAAAAUUCUACGGCAAGUUCUGCGCAGGAGCCAUCGAUCACAUCAGUAUCCGUCAGCUCCAGCUCAUCCUCUUGAAGGUUGCCUUGAUCUUGGGAAUAGAGAUCCAUGUCAACGUGGAAUUCCAGGGGCUUGUCUAUCCCCCUGAGGACCAGGAGAAUGAGAGGAUAGGCUGGCGUGCACAGGUCCACCCGAAAACACACCCGGUGUCAGAGUACGAAUUUGAAGUGGUCAUUGGAGGAGAUGGCAGGAGGAACACUUUAGAAGGGUUUCGUCGGAAGGAGUUCCGUGGUAAGCUGGCAAUUGCUAUCACAGCAAACUUCAUCAAUCGCAACACCACAGCCGAAGCCAAAGUGGAGGAGAUCAGUGGCGUGGCCUUCAUAUUUAACCAGAAGUUCUUCCAGGAUCUGCGAGAAGCCACAGGUAUUGACUUGGAGAACAUUGUCUACUACAAAGAUGACACUCACUACUUCGUCAUGACUGCCAAAAAGCAGAGUUUGCUGGACAAAGGGGUGAUACUGCAUGACUACGCGGACACAGAGCUGUUACUCUCACGGGAGAAUGUGGACCAGGAGGCUUUGCUCAACUAUGCCAGGGAAGCAGCUGACUUUUCUACCAAUCAACAGCUGCCAUCACUGGACUUUGCCAUCAAUCACUAUGGGCAACCUGAUGUGGCCAUGUUUGACUUCACAUGUAUGUACGCAUCAGAGAAUGCAGCGAUGGUGCGAGAGCAGAAUGGUCACCAGUUGCUCGUGGCACUGGUUGGGGACAGUCUGUUAGAGCCAUUCUGGCCGAUGGGAACUGGAAUAGCCAGGGGCUUUCUGGCUGCCAUGGAUUCUGCUUGGAUGGUACGAAGCUGGUCUCAGGGAACUAGCCCUUUGGAGGUCCUCGCAGAGAGGGAAAGCAUUUACAGGCUGCUGCCUCAGACCACCCCUGAGAAUGUGAGUAAAAACUUCAGCCAAUACAGCAUCGAUCCUGUCACCCGGUAUCCCAAUAUCAACGUCAACUUCCUGCGGCCAAACCAGGUGCGCCACUUGUAUGAUACAGGAGACCUGAAAGACAUUCAUCUGGAAAUAGAGAACUUGGUGAACUCCAGGACACCAAAGCUGACGCGGAAUGAGUCUGUAGCUCGUUCCAGCAAACUGCUUGGUUGGUGCCAAAGGCAGACUGAUGGGUAUGCUGGUGUGAAUGUAACAGAUCUUACAAUGUCAUGGAAGAGUGGCCUAGCCUUGUGUGCUAUUAUCCACAGAUACCGUCCUGACUUGAUAGACUUUGAUUCUCUAGAUGAACGCAACGUGGAGAAGAAUAACCAGCUGGCAUUUGACAUUGCUGAAAAGGAGUUUGGAAUCUCUCCUAUCAUGACUGGAAAGGAAAUGGCAUCUGUUGGGGAGCCAGACAAGUUGUCCAUGGUGAUGUACCUCACACAGUUCUAUGAGAUGUUCAAGGAUUCCAUCCCUUCCAGUGAGACUCUGGAUCUGAACGCAGAAGAGAAAGCUGCGCUGAUUGCCAGUACCAAGUCUCCAAUCUCUUUUCUUAGCAAACUGGGGCAGAGCAUCUCAAGGAAACGAACUCCAAAGGAUAAAAAGGAGAAGGAACUGGAUGGUGCAGGAAAGAGGAGAAAGACCAGCCAGUCAGAGGAUGAGGAAGCCCCCCGAAGCUACAGGGAGGAGAGGCCCACACUUGUGAGCGCCCUGACAGAAAGGAGAAUUGAUGCUGCCAUCGGGAACCAGAACAAGGUGAAGUCCAUGGCAACCCAGCUGCUGGCCAAAUUCGAGGAGAAUGCACCAGUGCAGUCCACAGGCUUACGGAGACAGGAACGUGUUCACAACCAGCUAUCCUGCAGACAGCGAGAGCAGGGCCGCCUUGCUCCCAUGCCUCAGUGGAAACAGCUGAGGACUAAGGAGCGUUCACGGACCUGCCCUAAAAAAGUGAUCACGCUCUCUCCUUCCUCUUCUCCACCUUCCUCUCCAUGGUAUCCCAGCCAGCAGACAAACAGGGAGCCUGGUGCUGACCCCCCUGGGGAGCAGAGUCCCAGACAGGAAAGGAGCUCUCCUCAGGUUUUUUUUGGUGACCAAGUGCCUGAGCAAGCACUGAAUGUUGAGCAGAGGGCAUGCCAACUGGCUGCCCUCCUGGAGCCGAGGCCGACAAUCAGGCAUCAGCCAGAGACUGAACCGUCUCGUCGAUUCUUUGUUGACCAGUGGGAGCGCUCCCUUAGCCUCCGCACUUCCAACCGCCCUUCUUCACCCUCAUCUGACUCCCUUCGACAGAAGUAUAUAAAGAUGUACACAGGCGGAGUGAGCUCAUUGGCUGAGCAGAUAGCCAAUCAGCUUCAAAGGAAAGAACAGCCUAAAACCCUUCUAGACAAGAAGGAACUGGGCUCACUCAAGAAGGAGUUCCCCCAGAAUUUGGGAGGCAGUGAUGUCUGUUACUUCUGCCGCAAGCGGGUCUACGUGAUGGAAAGGCUGAGUGCUGAAGGCAAGUUCUUCCACCGCAGCUGCUUCAAGUGCGAAUACUGCGCCACCACCCUGCGCUUAUCAUGUUACGCCUACGACAUUGAAGAUGGUAAAUUCUACUGUAAACCUCACUACUGUUACCGACUCUCUGGUUAUGCUCAAAGGAAGAGACCAGCAGUGGGUCCUCUGUCAGGAAAGGACAACAAAGGAUCCCUGCAGGAAGCCAUGGCAGCUGAAGCAAGUGGACGGGCAAAUUCCAUAGCCAUUUCGGCAGAGAGGACUCCAGGUCCUAAUGUCAAUGGAUUGGAGGAGCCCAGCCUGGCCAAGAGGCUGCGUGGCACGCCUGAGCGCAUUGAGCUGGAGAAUUACCGGCUGUCACUGCAGCAGGAAGAGGAACUGGAAGAGGUUCCCGAGGAGACACUGGCAGAGCAUAACCUGAGCAGUGUACUAGACAAAAGAACAGAAGAGGAUGUGCCCAGCAGUAGUUCAGAAUCCGAAAUGGAGGAAGAGGAGGAGGAGGAGGAGGAAGAGGAGGAAGCGGGGCAGCCACAGCUGCCCACCUCAGACCUGGGAGGUGUGCCAUGGAAAGAGGCUGUGCGAAUCCAUGCCCUUUUGAAGGGAAAGAACGAGGAAGAGCCUGAAAGUCAGAAAAACCACGAGGCUGAAGACCAGGAAGAGGAAGAAGAGGAGGACGAAGAGUCUAGUGAAGAGGGAGAGUAUUACCCUUGGGCAAGAGAGCUCCAGCAAGGCCUCUGGCUUCAACGUCUCUCAAAUGAAGAGGACACGGGUACUUUUAAAGCUGGAAACCUGAGGCUACAGCAGAUUGUAAAUCCGAUUGAUCCCCUGGAGAUCCUGGCAGAUGUGCACUGGACACACAUCCGCGAGAAAGAGGAGGAGGAAAAAAUGGUCCCAAUUUCAAAGUCCUCCACCUCCAGAGCAUCCGACCUUCCCUCCGUACGCCGUGAGGCGGUGCAGGCAUGGCUGGAGACGGUCUCUGGAGCCCCAUUUGAGGAGAAUGAAGUGGAGGAUGAGGUGGGCACAGAACCAGCAGAUACAGAAGGGGAAGCAGGCGAAGAUGGAGACACAGGUGCAGAGCUGGAUGAUGAUCAAAGAUGGUCAGAUGACACCCCAUCUGAAGCAGAAGAUGAGUGUCACUUACCUCAAGGGGACAUGGAAGAGCCAGAAUUGAAAGUCUCUGAGGAUGAGGGUGAGCGAGAGGCUGCUGCUCCCUGCAGUCUGACAGAUGAUCCAUGCAAACCCUCUACCCCCAUCUGGUCACCCAAUGAGACCGCUGUUCCUCUGUCCCCAGUUGGUAGUCCCAGUGCAGAACAAACAGAGAAGGUAGAGGAUCCCCUCACGGCACUGCCCUGCAUGGACAAAUCUCCAGAGACACACUUUUUUCCUGAACCAUUCCUCCUUGAAGAAAGUCCAAAAGAUGAAAUCCUUGAAGAUCAGAAAGUUAAAAGCCCUUCUGUCUCUCUCUCUCCAAUACGGUCCCAACCAGUUGCAUUGCCAGAAGCCAUCACACCUACAUCACCAGUGCAGUCUCAGACAGCAACACCUAUGUUGGCUUCAUCUUCCCCCUCUGCCCAGUUGCCUAUCUGUUCCCAGCCUUUGCCGUCUGCUGAAGCAUCCAUUCCAUCUCCAGUGGAACCUCCAGUGUGCUUUCAGCCUGUACCAGCCUUAACAUCCACCCCUCUGGCCCAACUUGCCCUGAAGAGCCAAGAUAAUGAGGUGGAAAAAUUGGGGAGCCCUACUACUGCAGAAGAAGCCCUGAAACGGAAUAACCUCGUAGAGGAGUUCUGGAUGAAGAGUGCUGAAAUCCGGAGGAGUCUGGGGCUCACUCCAGUGAACAGAAGCAAAGGGUCAGAGCCUAGCUUCACUGUCUCAGCCCUUGAGUCAGCUCCGCUGAGUGUUUCAGAGGAGGGGAUCCAUCUUCUAAAACCCCAGCCUGCCCCAAGAAGGCUGAUCAUGUCCAAACUAAACAGUGAGCAGAUGUCUCUGCUGACUCCAAAAUCUCCCUCGGACAAAGAGCUGAAGAGUUCCAAUGAAGUAAAGAGAGACUUAUCCAGCAGCUCUGGAUUGGGUCUGCAUGGGAGCUCAUCCAACAUGAGGACAUUGGCCAGCCAGAGCUUCAAUACUUCUGACUCCACUAUGCUCACUCCACCAUCAAGCCCUCCCCCACCACCUCCUCAAAAUGAAGCACCAGCAACUUUGCGUAGAAAGAGGCAUCAGACAAUUUGGCAGAAUGAGUCGGAGUCUAAACCAGCACCAGCACCGACACCUCCUGCACCCUCACCUUAUGAGCACAACCCGCCUGCCAAAGAGUCAACCCAGGCCUCAAAAGAAGAGGUGCGGAAGUCAUUUGUGGAGAGUGUGGAUGAGAUUCCAUUUGCUGAUGAUGUGGAAGACACUUACGAUGAGAGAACUGAGGAUACAAGUCUUCAUGAGAAGUUCUUUACACCCCCUACCAGUAGGCCAAGGCCAGAGAAGCCUCUUCACCUGCCAUUGGUCAAAGAGAAUGGUGGACCACCAUCAAUGGAAGGAGGAGCGAACCAAAGAAAGAGAGUGCUGCCUCAAAUCUCUCCAGAAGCCAAGGAGCUAGCUGAGGAAAGAAUGAAAGCCAGAGAGAAAUCUGUAAAGAGUCAGGCAUUGCGGGAUGCCAUGGCUAAGCAGUUGUGUAAGAUGAAAGAUCUUGAGGCCGCUGCAGCUGCUGGGGCCACCAAGGCACGAAAAGCCUCCUCCAUGCCUUCGAAGCCCAAAGAGAGGGUUUUUGAGUCCUCAACGCGUUUGGCCAUGAAAGUAGCAGAGGGCCCCACACUGAAACAUGAUGCUGCUAAUGAAAGGUUCCUCUCCCCCCCUGCUGACGUUGCUGGGCCCGAAGGGUCCGUCACCUCCUCAGAGGGCUCCAGUGGGAAAAGUAAGAAAAGGACUUCUCUCUUCUCCCCUCGUAAGAACAAAAAGGAGAAGAAAUCCAAGAAUGACAGCCGGCUUUCUGACAAAUCCAGUGGCCUGGCUGAGGAAGCCACCAAGCCCAGAUCAUUGUGGAAGUCUGUCUUCUCUGGAUAUAAGAAAGACAAGAAGAAAAAGACUGAUGACAAAUCCUGCCCUAGCACUCCCUCAAGUGGUGCCACAGUGGACUCUGGGAAGCACAAGGUCUCUCCAAUGGUUAGAGCAGCAGAUUUGCAGCUCCGUCGACACUUGAGUUUCUCAGAGGACUCUGACCUCUCCAGUGAUGACGUUCUCGAACGAUCUUCUCAGAAAUCCAAGCGAGAGUCGAUUUAUGUACCACACGCCCUGGCAUUCAAGAGAUCAUAUUCGUCAAAGAGAGCCUACACUGAGGAGGAGCUGAACGCCAAACUGACCAGGCGAGUGCAGAAAGCUGCCCGGCGACAAGCCAAGCAGGAGGAACUAAAGAGGUUACACAGAGCCCAGAUCAUCCAACGGCAGCUGGAGCAGGUAGAAGAGAAACAGAGGCAGCUGGAGGAGAGGGGGGUUGCAGUGGAGAAGGCCCUUAGAGGAGAAGCAGACUAUUGGGGAGAGUCUUAUUACAGUGACCUCAUCGACUUGCAUCUGGGUGUUGAGCCCAAUGCCGGGACACCACGUCGUAGACCUCUCUCCUUCUGCCCUUGCUGUGCCCAUGAAGGCAUGGGAAAGAAGGAUGAUCCAAAGCUGAUGCAGGAGUGGUUCAAGCUGGUGCAGGAGAAGAAUGCUUUGGUGCGCUACGAGUCUGAGCUGAUGAUAUUUGCUCGAGAAUUGGAGCUGGAAGACAGGCAGAGCCGGUUACAGCAGGAACUCCGGGAGAGGAUGGCAGUGGAAGAUCACCUGAAAACAGAUGAGGAGCUGUCAGAAGAGAAGAGGAUCCUGAAUGAGAUGCUAGAAGUUGUGGAGCAGAGAGACUCUCUGGUGGCCCUCCUUGAGGAGCAGCGGCUUCGAGAAAAAGAGGAGGACAAGGACCUGGAAGCUGUUAUGCUGUCCAAGGGCUCUAGCUUGAACUGGUCCUGAGCUAACAUACUCACCUCUGCUGGUCUGUGCUAUCCAGUUGGCCUACGCUGAGUUUGCCAGAACUACCUGGAUUGAGAAAGCUUGAGGGGGAAACCUUGUUAAGGGUUCUGCAGCAUGCAGGAAUUCAGUUUGAAGCACCCAGAAGCCUUUUGAUAAGUGGGUUUGGUUCUAGAGGCUUGGGUCCCACACGUCGGCAAACCAAGCUGAAGACGAUGGCCUGAGAUUGCACAGUCUCCUUGGAGUCCUGUACAAGGGGCCAUUAGGAUUUGUGAUAUGAGGGGAAAGGGUAAAUUUUUUGUGGAGGGAUUUAUUACCUUUUAAUGGGGAAAAACCCUUAACCAAACUGGAUUUGCUGCAGUCUGAUCUCGCUCCCUUUUUCACUAUUAGCAUUUUUUAAUAAGAGGGAGAGAAAUGGCUACCCUCUCCUGAAAACCACAGCAGCCUGUAGCAGUCCUUGAGGGAGUUAACCAGCUAAAGGAGAGCUCCCGAAGCCCAGAGCAGCACCUUCUUUGUUUUAUUCUUCCUCCCCACCAAAGAAACAAACCUGAGGCGAGCAUUAUGCAUUUCUGGAUAGAGAAAACAUUGGUGGUGUGUUUGUUUGAAACCUCUUCUGUCCAUCCUGGCUUUUGAGGAGACAAGGGCCUCAGAGGACACACACACACUCUCUAUCAUACUCUCCAGAGUUAUGGUAGAAGAAGAGUAGAGAAAGAGUGGGGAAUUCUCCCCCACUUUGCUACACACUGGACAGAGAGCUACCGCUGGUCUCUUGUGUUCAUGGCCACUGUUCAAAGGCUAAUAAGUUUCUCUGGUUUGUUUUUUGUUGCGACCAUUUUGACACUGGAAAAUACUGACUUUGUGGGACAAUGGUAAGUGUUUAGAGGGGGUGGGGUCGUCAAACGGCAUUCCCUGGCUUUUAAACCCACAGAGGGAGCCACCUUUGGAUGAAACGUUGUUGAGACUCUUCAGUGUUUGUUUGGUUUUUUUCCCCUCUAUUUCAUUUUUGCACGUCAGAAAUGAAGCUUAAGACCUGCCUGGGCCCUCAGUAACCUUGACCCUUUUAUGUCAAUUAACUUAUUUUUUUAAUACUUGAAAGAAGAUUCAUUUUUGUACCUUUUAAGAAACAAAUGGACAAGUGAGUGAUGGGGAUGUGCCUGCUGCAUCCCACAACCUCUUCUUCUAUAUUACAGGACUCUUGUUACCUGUGGCUAUUUAUUAGUAAUGUUACUGUUACACUUCUUGGGUCGGGGAGGAGUGUGUGUUUUAACUCAAGGAGAGCAAGACACUACCGCAGAUUGGUCCCUGCUUUGCAUACAGGGCAGACUUCAUGGACUCACAUAUGCAUCCUGCCCUAGCCAAGUCCUUUUUAUGGUGAACUCCUGCACAUCCAUGGAGUUGUGAGAAUCCAGUAGUGUUCAUAACAGAUUUUCCCUCUAUAUCCCAGAUUCCCUCUCUCUGGACUAACAAACCUAUAAUUUAUUUGAAUACCAUUAAUAGUUUGUAACAAGAAAACCAGAAUUGUGACCUAAAAAUUAUCCCCCCACCAAGCUCUCCCUUCCACUUAGAGGGUGAACCCUACCAUUGUAAGAGCUGCCUAGAGUGACUUCCAGCAUAGCAAAUUAGGCACAAUUCUUUCUGCAUCUGCCAAAGCAGGCUCCUUUCUGCUCCACUCCCAGAGCUGCUGCCUUUGAUAGAGGAGGGUGCCCAUUGUACUCCUACUUGCAGUAGUGGGCAGGACAUACACUGAGCAAUCCAGCUACCAUGCUGGGAAAGACUCUGCAGUCUGUCACCAUUUGGCAGACUCCAAAAGUACACUACAUCCUUAACCCAUCCCACUGGGCAUAGGGUGUGAUGCCAGGCAUCCCUCUUAACUUUGAAUUUCCUAGCCGAGUUUGGUUUGUGUCACAUCCUAAGCAUGAUCCACUGUUAGUGUGUUUUUCUCUGGGGUUUAACAGCAAAGGAAGAUAGUUAAGCUUGCUUCCCCCGGUAUCUGAGAGCGAGUGUCCCAUUCCCAAACAAAUCCAUACAGCACCUUUGAGAUUGCUGAUGCCAUAGCCUGGAGGACAGGCUGGUGGUGGAACAGAUACACAAACAGUGGGGUCCUUCUCAUUUAAUCUUCUGCUGUAUCUGAAAGGGACUCUCCCUUCUGCUUUGGGGAGACUCCUUGAGUUACUCGCUUCCAGUGUACAUAAAGGACAUGGAUCCUUUCUUUUUGGCCAUCUGCUCCCCCCAGCAGAGUCCUCUGGAUUCCUGUGGGAGCUUAGAGGAGCCCCAUGUCUGUUUUCUCGACUUUCGUACGACGGUUAGGGACUCAUGCCAUGCCCACUGUACUUCAAGCAGAGGAGGAAUGGAUGGGACACUCUCCAGAGACCAUCUGCAAAGCUGUUUAGUUGGCUGUGGAAACAUACUUUCUCCCACCCGACCCCAGGCCAGCUAGCAGGGGCUGAGCAAGCUGUCUCCUGUGCUUCCUGCUCUUUCCAUCCCAGGGAGUAUGUGACCACAAAUUAAACCCAAGGUUUAGCAAAGCAACGCAGAGAGCCAGACACUAUGUUACUUAACAGUGCGCAUGCUAGGUACCCAGAGCAAAACUCCUGUGAAGUGCUGGCAUUCCAGUGGAACGUCUGCACAUAGACCUUCACCUGCCUGUGUAGUGAAGGGGCAAGCUGUAGCUGCAGACCCAGCAGGGGGAGUUUACACACACAGUUUUUGUAGGUUGCACCACAAAAAUAGUGACUUCUGCACACACACACAAAAAUCUAGGGUGGCUCUUGCUGACUGUUUUCCUAAAAGCAGCCUCGACCCAUUUUAAUAGCACACAGUGUUUGAGGAACACAGCUGAUUUUGGACUGGAGAUCAUUAAAUAUGCACUGCAAAUAAAAAACAAAAAGCUACCCUGCCCUCCUCAUUUAUGCUGUAUAAAAAGAGCCUCUUGACAUAAUAUUUUUUAAAUUGCUGGUUGCUUGUAUUGAAGAAAUAUGAGGUUCUCACUUUUCUCUUUGUGCUGGCAGACUUGAAUAAUGAUGUCACACAAGGUUCUUAUCUGACAACAGCCCUCCCUGCCCCCAGCUAAAAGGGUGGUAGGGAGACGUGUGUUCUUAAACUCUGCAACCCUUCAGGUCUCACUGGCCUCAGAGAAAGUAAGGACCUAAUGCAUAUGUAAAAACAAGAAAAAAAGAAAAACAAUUUAAAACCAAAAUUGAGGCCUGUUUUACAUCAUAAACAACUGUAAAGGGCACAAUUUGUAUUUGCAGUUCAGUUAAAUUUUAAGAAAAUCCAUCAUAUAAGCACUAGUUUUUAAUUAAAAAUAUUUAUUUUUUAGAACGAAAUGUAGAGACUCUUGUCACAUGAAACCAUCUGGGUGCAUGUUUUCAAACUGCCUUCUUCUGCAACUGCUUCUGAGCAAGGUGUUCUACAGAGCCGUCCCUUGGGUAGGACGAAUCGGGGUGACCACUUUGAGGGGCCCCGCGAGCUGCUGCGAUUGGCCAACACGGUCAGUCGUGAAAGAGAUUAAUCCAUCACUUCUGCCCUGGGCCCCGCUCCCCCCCAGGGACGGUCCUGGUGUUCUAACUCUUUGAGCUAGUAGAGAUGGAUAACAACAAAACUGGCAAUGUGCACUCAGUGAUACGUUCUGCCUUGAAUGUGAGGGAGGCCAAAGGCCUUCAGCCUCGGAGAAAUAUGCAUCUAUUAGUACAAGUGUGUGCCCCCAUAGAUGGUGCUAACCAGACCAUGGGCUGGCUCAGCAGUGGGGUGAAAGCUGAGUUUGGAACCUAAGCUCCAUGUCUAUUCCUAAACUGACUGAGACUGGGAACAUACAGGAGGCAGGGUAUUCAGUCCCUGGGGAGGAAGGAGUCCUAGGCUUCAGACUGCUCGGAUGUUGAUGGAGGACAAUCCAAUCCUUGGCUAGAGGAACAGGUUCAACCUAAUUUGAAGCCCUAACCCUUGCUGGGGAGAGGAAAGAAUAAAAGAGGAAACGGGGGUGAGGGAGAGUCCCCAACCAAAAGAAUUGUUUUUUAUUAUUUGGGGCAAUACAAAUAAUUUUAAAACCGAUUUCCAAACAAAAAUCUCAUCUCAUGGGAAUGAGAAUAUCUUUUAACAUGGAUUCCUUUUUAGUAAUUCACCGAUGACUGUAAAAGCCACCAGGGUUGUGUCCCGAGCAGCAACCCAAGCUGCUGCCCCUGUGAUAGGUGGCCUGAAGCUGCUCUUUGAAAAGAAACUCACAUUUCAGAUGAAAAAUGGAUUUUAGGAAUUGUAAGAGGGGUAGGGGCUGAUUUGAAAAGCAAACUGCAUUGACUAGUUAUAAUCCCUUAGGGUGUCUCUCUGCCGCAGGGGGGGGAGAGAGCCUCCCAGCCUGGGUAGGCAGACACAGACUAGCUCUGCGUGAGCUAGCAUGCUAAAAAUAGCACCGCAGACAUUGCAGCACAGGCUAGCCACCCAAGUACAAGCCUGUCCGAGCCCAGUGGCUAGCCCCUGCUGCCACCCUUGCUAUAAUGUCCACAUUGCUAUUUUUAGCAUGGUAGCUUGAGCCAAGCUGGUGUGUGUCUCUACCUGAGCUGGGAGGCACCUUCCGAGCUGCAGUGUGAACAUAACCUUAGUGCCUGAUCCUGCAAACAACAUACUACUAGGCAUAGCACUGACCACUGUGAGGAGUCCCUUCAGGGGGAUGACACGUUGUAGUAAGUACUAUUCUUGAUAAGUAUUUGCAGCAUUAGGCACUUAGCUAAAUAGAUAUUACAAAAUGUUUCAAACCAGCUUCUAGAAUCCCUGUCACUUGUUCAGUUUCUCCAACACAUGGGGAUUAUCUUUCUUAGUAGCACCUGCCCCUUUGACGCUGCGUCUCCGCUGGGAUCUCGUGAUGACUCAGAAUUGGGAAGUCCUAGAAUAUGAUAACAAAAAUACAUAUCUGUAUAAGACUUACCUUAGAACUUUGAAGCUUUCCUGUACUUUCCGAUGGCAGUGCUGAUCUCUUCAGCCCUACGUUAAUUCAUCCUGGCUUCUUGGUUGGUAAUUAAUUGUUUUUCAGUUCUAUUCAAGAUAUUUAACAUUUAUUUUUGACUCAUUUACUCUUCUUCCCACUAAACUUAGGAUCUUUCUUCUCAUACCUUAGUCUUCCGAGAACAGCUCCCACCUGAAGCAACGUGAUUUCAGAGUUGCACGUCAGGAAUGUGAUCUCUGUUGGGAGCACAGUAAACAGUGUACAGCCCUGUUUGCUGUGGGCGGUUGCAUGCAACGAGCUCCACAACUUUUAAUUUCCAUUCUCUGAAAGUGAGCAUUAAAAAUAGACUUUGAUGGCAGUAUGCUUAGUUCCUGUGGUCAGUAACAAAUGCUCCCUCCCACCCCAUCCUCAUCCAAUAAUCCAGCCCUUCCCAGACAGAGUCUAAACUACAACAAUGCAGGAAUAAAUAGGGCCCUAAUGUUUCACUAAGGAAAAACUCCUAAUAUCCUUUUCCUUUAAUAAUUUUGUUGCUUGUUCAUGACUAUUGGUUUGAGAAAAGUUGCUAUGGUUAAGUAAUCCUGAUUUUAUAUGCAUGGCUGAUGCAUUGUGCCCUGAUUCCUUUGACUGGUCUUAUAAAAUGAAAUUAAAUAAUCCCCAUCUUUGAGAAAUGGCUCCUUCUGCUACAGGUCUCUCUGCAUCAGAGAUGUUCCCCCAAUCACUAGAAAGGUUAAACAUUCAUGAACUGCCCAUGCAAUAACCACUCUGAAUCUUGCCCGCCACUUCCCUUUGUGAGUGUCUGAAAUCUCAGAGGUAGAACAGCAAGAGAGCUAAAUACUGGCUUCAUAUUUCCUAAUGCACUUUGUGGACUGAGCUGAAGAACAGCUGGGGCCGGCUCCUGGAGUGGCAGUGUGUGCUGCCUGGAGUUAAGUUCCCCUGUGCCUGGCAUGGGAUUCCACUGAAGUACUGGACAGAGUCAGACUCCCCUGUACCUAGAGUGGGAACAGACACCUCCACUCUGAGGGGCAAACUAAGAUGAGGCCAGCGCUUGUGCUCAGGGCUGGGAUCAGGUUGAGAAGAGGCAUCAUCCUUUCAGAGGGGCAACUCGGGAGCCUGUCCUUGUGCACUUGUGAAUCGUGAGAGUCAAUGCAACUUGGUGAGGCCCAAACCCACUCAAGAGCUGUGCUUCCCUACCUAUACCAUGUCUGCUCUGGAGAUCAUUCCUCCAGAGAAAAACCGUGCAAAGGGAAGGACAUGAAUAUCUUUCAGCUCUAACUUCCAAAUACAAUUUUGUGUUUUUAACUUAACCAAAACUCCAUUUGUCCAAUUGGGGCUGGAGAGUGGCUCCUCUUCUUGCAAACUCCAUUGCUAAACAUAUCAGGAUAGGAUUAUAGAGCAACAGCAGGUUUUAAAACUGUCACAUGAAUCUGUUUUUCCCCCCCUCUGUCUCCGCAUUUCCUGUAAAUAUUUGUUUGUGUGUUGGCUGUACAAACACCAAUGGAUCCUUGGUUUACCCUGGUGGUCAAAAAAUGAGUUUUGCAGUGUCCAGGCCUCCAUCAGAACACAGUGCUUGCACAGAGCUAGUUAGCAUGUUUGUCUGCACUUCGUGAUGGUUUUUAAUAUUUUUAUACAUCCUAAUCAAGAACAUUUUAGAUCAUUUGAAAGGUCUAGAUUGCAUGAUCUGGAGCAGCCGUUGGUUCCAUUUUUUAACAGUUGAUCCUAAAACAUUCACCACCACCUCCUUUGGGUAAAACUUUUAAAAUGAAAUUUUGAUUAACUGUUUACAUCGGAUGCUGAUGGAUAAGAAGCAUUGCAUAAUUUAAUCUCAUAUGUAAAAAUGUGAAAAGCCACAACAUGGCUCUCAGGAGUUGGAAUUGUUACCAUCUGCAAUAAAAAGAAGUCUCUAAGUAUACCAUGAAACAGCCUGUAUAUAAUUCAUGGGAGAGAUCACUUCCUCCUUGACUGAUGCACGAUAACAGAGAUUAGAUGCUUUCUGAAUGUUCCUGCUUUUGGAGAUGCUUAGAACGGUGCUAUAUAGGCAGUGGAAUUGAACAGACAAGGAUGUCAUGAAAGGUGUAGAUGUGAAGAGGAAAAUGCCUUGCUCUGAUGGCUCUGCAGUAAUUUAAAUAAUCUCGUGUGUGUGUGUGUGUGUGUGUGUGUGUGUGUGUGUGUGUGUGUGUGG